GGUUCUAUUCUUGAUUUUAUUUUCACCUAGAAAAUUGCCAUUUUUUUGGCUUUUUCGCCCCUCUUUUUCGUUCUGUUCAUUAGGGUUUCUCUGUAAUCAAUCUAUUAUCACCAAGUUAUUCCCUUUUUUUUAUCCGUUGAAGCGAAAAUGCUUCAAAUUCUGCCGAGGAGGGGUACGACGGCGGAGCUAGGCCUUCGCCGGCGGAGACGGUGACGGUUGCCUUUCUCGACCAUUUCAUCCUGUCGCCGAAGGGCUCGGUUUAGUGACACCUACUACCGUAACCAUGCCUGUCGGUCGCCGUCGAUCGGGGAACGAGUUCACUUCUGCGUCCGUUGCGAUUUUCUCAUCGCCGUCUAUGGUCGCCUGGAUCAUGAACUGGAUUUAUGGUGAUGAACGCAUCCCAAAAAUUCAGACAAUCAAGAUGAUGGAUGGUAUAUUCAUCUGCGCAGCUACUCACUGUCUCAAGUCUUCCUCAAGUAACCGGAUUUCAAAUCUCAUAUCCAUGACUUUCAUGGCGACCUUUUACAGCCCAACGCAGAGAAAGAAGAAGACGGUAAUGAGUCAGAUGUUCAGAGCACAAAGCAAUUUUCAGCUUCUCAAUCCACGCUUUGGCGUCCUGUAAAGCCCCACCAACAAUCCCAGGAGCAGUCCCAAUCCCGGGAUUCUACCGGGGAACCAGUUCCAAGAAUACUCGCCAAUGCAACCACCCAUUCUGCCCAUGGCUAUGAAUCAGAACCCGGUUUUACCCCAACCGUUUGGUUUCCCUCUCUAUCCAACUGAAGGUGGCCAACCAUUGUACAGCUCUCCCUACGAAAUGCCGAGGCCAGAAAGUAGAUCAGACCAAGGACCAUUGAUGGGCUAUCCUCCAAUAGCACCAAUGGUGGUGAACCCUAAUUUCCCGGGUCCAUACCCUCCUCUGACAUGAAACCCGGGAAUGCCAGCUGUGCUGUUCGGUGCUCCAGCCGGCGGUCAGGUGAAUCAGAGCGGCCGUAACAGCACGGAAGGUCAUCAUCAUCAAUUCAUCAUCGUCACCCUGAUACUGGAAGAGAACAGAGCAUAACUUUGUGGCAGUUUGAGAAAAUUCUCGUCGUCUCCCCCCAAAUCAUGUCUAGCAGGUGUUAUGUAAAUGCUGUUCCUUGGUCCUUGAAUAGUUGCUACGAUGGACCUAAAUGCUUCACCCCAACCUGAAGAAGAUGAAGUGCCGUUUGAGAGGCAUAUAGAGGAAUAUACGGCACGAGAAGAACAAACUGAGUCCUCAGUCGAGGUAUCAAGGCGGGAGCGAGAUGAAAGAAGGAAAAGAAUGAGAAUCGACAACCCAAAGCCCUUUUCUCAGCCAACUAUGCAUAAUCAGCAUUAUCAGAAUAAAAAAUCAGCCUAUGACAAAAGUAGGAUCCCUCAAGGUUGGCUAGAGUGCCCUGCUUCUGGAGACGAAAUAGGAUGCAUCAUUCCUUCGAAAGUUCCCCUAAGUGAAUUUUACAAUGAUGAUGUUCCUCCUGGGAGAAGAUACUCUUUUAAACAAGUGAUCCAUAACCAGAGGAUAUAUGGAAGAAAACUUGGUCUCGUAAUCGAUCUGACAAAUACAACUCGUUACUACCCUACAUCAGACUUGAAGAAAGAAGGCAUCAAGCAUGUUAAGAUUGCAUGCAAGGGUCGUGAUUCUGUGCCAGAUAAUGUAUCAGUGAACACCUUUGUCAACGAGGUCAAUCAAUUUGUCUUAAAUCAAAAGAACUCAAAAAAACACAUUCUCGUCCACUGUACGCAUGGGCACAAUCGGACUGGUUACAUGAUAGUUCAUUAUCUUAUGCGUUCCAUGCCCAUGACCGUUACACAGGCAUUACAAAUUUUUACUGAGGCCCGCCCUCCUGGAAUCUAUAAACCAGAUUAUAUUGAUGCUUUAUACACAUUUUAUCACGAAAUAAAACCUGAGGAUGCUCUUUGCCCACCAACCCCUGAGUGGAAAAAAUCUACGGAGCUUGAUCUUAAUGGUGAAGCAUUGCCAGAUGAUGACAAUGAUGGUCCUGCCGCCCCUGUGCAUGAGAACCAUCAGGUCGAUGUCAGGAUGACCAAUGACGACAUCUUGGGUGAUGAAAUACCUGCUUUUCAGGAGGAAGGUUUCCGGCAAUUCUGUUACAGGAUGCUCAUGCUGAAUAUUGGGGGAAGAGGAUGUUCACAGUUCCCAGGUUCACACCCUGUAUCUUUAAACAGGGAUAACCUGCAACUCCUGAGGCAGCGCUACUAUUAUGCCACGUGGAAGGCAGAUGGAACACGAUACGUGAUGCUAAUAACAGUUGAUGGAUGUUAUUUAAUAGAUAGGAGCUUUAGAUUUCGAAGGGUCCAGAUGCGGUUUCCCUGUAGACACCCAACUGAAGGUGUAUCUGAAAAAGUGCACCAUUACACAUUGCUUGACGGAGAGAUGAUUAUAGAUACAGUGCCAGAGAACCAGAAGCAGGAGAGGAGGUACCUCAUCUAUGAUAUGGUAGCAAUCAACGGACAAUCUGUCAUUGAGAGACCUUUCUGUGAAAGAUGGAAGAUGUUGGAGAAAGAAGUGGUAGAACCCCGUAAACUUGGAAAGGUCCGAAGUCAUUGCUACAGAUAUGACCUGGAGCCUUUUAGGGUACGGAGAAAGGACUUUUGGUUGCUUUCUGCUGUUGAAAAAGUCUUGAAGGGUUUCAUCCCAAAGCUUUCGCAUGAAGCAGAUGGCCUAAUAUUCCAGGGCUGGGAUGACCCUUAUGUUCCCCGUACACAUGAAGGUCUUUUGAAGUGGAAGUAUCCCGAGAUGAACUCGGUUGACUUUCUGUAUGAGAUGGAUGAGGAUGGCCGUCAGACGCUCUCUCUGUAUGAAAGAGGGAAGAAAAAGGUUAUGGAAGGGAAUUCAGUUGUUUUUAAAGCAGAUGAUUCCGACCCUGCAAGUUACUCCGGGAAGAUUAUAGAGUGUUCGUGGGAUCAGGAAGAACAGGUCUGGGUUUGCAUGCGAAUCAGAACCGACAAAUCAACUCCAAACGAUAUCAACACAUAUAGGAAGGUGAUGAGAAGCAUAAGGGACAACAUCACGGAGGAGGUGUUGCUGCAGGAGAUACGUGAGAUCAUUCUUUUGCCAAUGUAUGCUGAUCGCAUUCAAAAGGACAGCAAAGCUGCACGGCGCAGGUGAUCAUGUGCUCUCCCAGGUAAAUCGGCCUUAAGAUUAGACACAUCCGGUCAGUUGGCCAAAAUUACUUAGGAAACGCCUCCCAACGUCUGGUACGAGUCUUCUUUUUUUUAAAAAUCAAUAUGUGUCAGUUGGCCUUGAUGGGUUACUUGCUAUAUUUCUCUUGGGCAAUGGGUCAAGGGCAAAGAGUAGUUGUAGCCAGCAAUAGAGUACUUACUUAGGAUGUUGUAAUCUAUUAGAGUAUCACUCUUUCUAUCUUCUUCUUCUUCUUCUUCUUCUUCAGGAAAAUACAGUAGCCAUUUUUUUAAGAAAAAAAGAGGAACCAAGUGUGUUGUAACUUGGGUUUUCUCUCUCUUUUUUUAUAUUAUUAUUUAAGCCUCCAUGUGAAUAAUAAUAAUAUUGUAGUGCUUUUUAUUUCUUGAAUUUCCAAUCUUUUUUGCCCUGAGAGCUUUGGCAUGGCAAUAUGUAUUUCCUUUGCUAUUCUCUUUUGUUGAGUGUGUCACUCUCUCAUUCGCCCUUUUUGCUAUGACCGCUGAAAUACUUCAUCCUUUACAGUGAGUUUUGUAAUAUGCUUCUUAAAGCACUUCUCUGUUUGUCUA